AUGAGGCAGCAGCAGCAGCAGCAGGUGCAGCCAAGCGGUGGAAGCGGUGGAAGGGAUAAGCCCUUGAAACUGAGAUUGGAUCUUAACCUCGAGAUCGAGAUCGAGCUAAAGGCGAAGAUUCAUGGUGAUUUGGAGUUGUCGUUGCUGUAUGUACCCUCGACACUUCUAAACGUAUCGAACAUGAUAGCUGACCGCGUGGAGUUCGUGAGAGUUUAG